GAUUGCACCGGAGCAGGACGCACGGAUUACGCGUUGGAUUUCUUUUUUUUUCACGGCUCCCGGUUAAACAUGACUGUACUUCCCAGAGGACUGGCGCUGGUCUUCGUGCACGCCUGCCUUUUGCACAGCGUGUGGACCAAGUUGGAGCUGAGUGUGCAGGACAGUGUGGAGGUGCUACUGGGGGCCCCUGCUCUCAUCCCCUGUCACUACGGCUUCGGCCCCAGCAGCCAGGAGCCCCCCUUCGUCAUGCUGCAGUGGUUUGUGCGGUCUCCUGGGAACAGCUCGCGGGCGCGGAUCUUCUAUGGGGACAGCGGUCAGCAGCUGGUGGACAACAACACGGAGUACAGCGAGCGUGUAGAGGUCAUCUCCGAGACAAAUCGCAGCGUGCUGACCAUUAUGGACGUGAGGCUGUCUGACCACCAGAGGGAGUUCUUUUGUCAGGUCAAUGGGCUGGCAGCGGGCAGCGCGGAGGGCAAGACCGUGCUCAGAGUCUUCGCUCCUCCAGAAGCUCCAGUCAUUGAGGCAGUUCCUCAUGGGAUAUCUGUGACUGAAGAGCAACCAGCCAAGAUAGCUGUGUGUGAGGCUCAGAAUGGUUUCCCCAAACCCAACAUCACAUGGUACAAGAAUGGAGAGCUACUGGAGUCCAGCCCAGGCCAGGUGAAGUUCCUGGUCCUGCAUUGGCGCUCCUCCUCGGGCCUCUUCACUGUCCAGAACACUCUGCUGCUGCGUGUCCAGAAGGAGACCAGAGACGCUCUCUUCUCAUGCAGGGUCAGCUUCUCUGUGCCUGGGGACGUACGCAGCCUGGAGUCCAGCCCGGUCAAUGUCACUGUCCACUACCCCACGUCCAUGGUGGAGCUGUGGAAGGAGUCUCCCCCCGGGCUGCUCCGAGAGGGGGACACUGUGGAACUGCGCUGCCAGGGCGACGGACACCCCCCACCCACCUUCGUCUUCACCAGAGAACAACAGCCGGACGUCCCGCUGGACAGCAGGGGGGAUGUGUUGAUCCUGUCCUCUGUGUCCCGUAAAGACAGCGGCCUGUACCAGUGUCGCCCUGGAAACCCACAUAGCUCCUCUGAGGCCAAGGGAGAAGUGCAGCUCACUGUGCACUACCUCGACGCUGCAGUGGUGGUCCCAGCAGAGACCGAGAUCAUGUUCCGAGGAGAGGCUCUGACGGCCACAUGCAACGCCCUGUCCUCCCUUCCAACCACCACCGCCUGGUACAAGGACGGGCGCAUAGUGGGAACUGGAUCCAGUCUCCUCCUCCAGGAUGCAUCAUACCACACAGCGGGGGAGUAUGUGUGUGAGGUGACGGUGCCCGUUCUACCCGCUCUGCAAACUCAGAGCAAGGUGCACAUCAUCGUACACGGUGCUCCACAGAUGCAGUCCCCAGAGCAGGAGGUGCGCAUGGAGCAGCCCACAGGCCGAGUGCUGAACCUGAGCUGUGAGGCCCAAGGAUCCCCCCCUCCUACACUGUCCUGGAGCCUCUCUGCAGCCCAGAGCUGGGAGGAGGUGGUCUCUCGCUCCUUCUCUCACUCUUCCCUCAGCGUUGUGUCCAUCCGGGUCAGCGCAGACUUCAGUGCCGUGUGCAAUGCCUCCAACGACCUAGGCUCUGAGGCGCGAGUCUUCAGCAUCAAAGCAGUUCCCAUGGUGACUGCUCCUGCUGCCUUCUCUCCAGCUGAGGGCAGUGGAGUCUUCAUCGUGGUCAUCAUCCUGGGCCUCCUGCUGCUCGCCAUCCUGGGUAGUGUCAUCUACUUCCUCCACAAGAAGAACCGACUUCCCUGCGGCCGCUCAGGCAAACAGAGCAUAACCAAAGAGAAGGGCAACACUAAGGACAUUGUGGUGGAGAUGAAGACUGAAGAGUCUGUUCUGCUCAAAGCGGUCAACGGAGACAAGAGGGCCCCCACUGAACAGUGAUGGGGUCGGAGCACAUUCCCAUGAUGCUUUUCUGCACUGGAGCUGCAGCUGACCACAGGGCCACAAGAGGGCACUGACCAGUCUGGCGGCACUUACCCCUGUUCCUGUUCCUUUGUUCAUUGUUCGAGACUGAAAAUGUAAAUAAUUUGAUUUUUGUUCUGAAGCUCAGUGACGCACUGGGCCUGUAACUGCUGUCCCUGCAACACGCCACCCUCCAGAGCUAUUUCUUAGAGUAUGCCUAAGGAGUACUCCAGAGGUAGUCCACAGGGGUACUCCGGAGGUGUACUCCAGAGAUACUCCUGAGGUACUCCUGAAGUACUGUAGAGGGGUGCUUGAACCCUCAUUAUCAGCAGGUUAAAUAAUACUAAUGGGAAAGUAUUGUCUUUAUACCUUUGAAAUUCAUAUGCACCCUCAGUCAGUUUGAGCCAUUGUCCUGAGGUACUCCAGAGGUACUUCUGAGGGGUUCACAAAAAGUCCUUACAUGUGUUUUGUAGCACUGACAUAUCAUUGGUCCAUUGGUCCCAGGACAGCACUCUGCCACAGUGGUCCAGAGCUCAACAGACCUGAGCACACUCCACUCUGCGUUCAGGCAUGGUUAGAUGAGUGAUGCAUUCAGGCUCUGUCGGGUCCACUCUGGCUCUGGUUGGUCCGUGGUGAAUUCAGACUCUGUUAGAGGAGUGAUACGUUCAGGCUCUGGUGGGUCCACGGUGCGUUCAGACUCUGUUAGAUGAGUGAUGCGUUCAGGUUCUGUUGGGUCCGUGGUGCAUUCAGGUGCGUGGGGAGUGGGGACAUACUGUUUCACUGUGAUGUGUUUGACCUGUGUUUGGAUGGUGUGCUUUCACUGAGGCAGCUUCAUGUGCCAUUGCAGCUGGACCAAGGCGUCCUCCUGCCUCCUCAUUCUGUACAGUCUCCACUUUAUCUCUGGGCAUUUGAAAUGUAUUUAAACAUGUUUGACCCUGGAUGUUUUUUUUAUCGUUUUGUUUGUGUGUAAAUUAAAACUGACUGUGAUGUUCUUUUUUUUAUAUAUUUUUGCAUUGAAG